AUGGCGGAUGCACAGGACCCACCAAUGGAUCGAGCAGAGAUGGCUGCGAGGCGGAAUAAAGAUGCGCUUCUUGAUGUUUUGGAUACUCGACUUGAACACUAUUUGCAUACACUGCAUGAAUAUCACGACAUUAUGCAGCAGCUUUCCGCAGAGCUAUCCUCGGUAAGCAAUGUUUACGUUUGGUUAAUGGCACGUGGUGUUGAUGCCAACAAGGGUUACAUGUCGCUUGCUCAAGCAAACUUUUACAAUUCGUCCUCUGCGAUCCGUUACGGACAGGACUGCUAUGACGAACGUAUGCAGAGUGUACGCAAGAACAAGCGAACGAAAUCCAAGGACCGGGCCUCCCUUCCACAGGUUCAGAAGCUAGAGAAGGAGAAACAGGCCCUACUUCCGAUUUGGAUGACGAGCCCGCCCAAGGAUCAAGGGACAACCAAGAAGAAACCGGAUCUGUCGGAAAGCCUACAGAUCCUCUCAGAUGGUUUGGUAUCCUUGUUCCGCCCGCACUACGUACUGCGCAAUCUACAUUUGUAG